UCAUUCAGUUUUGUGAUCUCAUCAUCCACUUAGGUAAAAAAGAAAUUUAAAUUAAAUGAUCGUUUGAAAUUCAAUACCGGAUGGGAUAGAAUCAUAGGAUAUAGAUAAGCAAACAAUAAAUAUAAUGGAUAUAUAUAUUAAAUUUAUUUCACUCUUUUUCUCCUCCACGGCAUGGCUGCAAUAUUAAUAAACCAUGUGUUUGUUGCACAGAGAGAGAGAGAGAGAGAUCUAGAGAGAAAGAGAGAGAUAUGUAGAGAGAGAAGAUUCUCUGGUGUAAGGUGCGAUAAAGGAAAAUACAUUUAAUGCUGAAAACUACGUGCGUAAAAGAACACUCACGCAAUCCCGAAUUUCAUCACUAUAUAUAUAAACCCUCCUCUUCUCAAGAUUGUGUGCUAAGCAUAAUUCACACUCAAUUAGAAAAAGAAAAAAAAGAAAAACUAUACAUUAUUAUUAUUAAUUCAAUAAUGGCAGCCCCUCCAAAACUCUGUCUCCCCAUCACCAUCGUCCUCGUCGUCCUUCUUUCGUAUUGCAAUCGGCCAAUUUCCGGUGCCGGAAACCCGCCACCUUUCGCAUGUGACGUGUCGAAAAAUCCAGACCUCAAGAGUUUCACCUUCUGCAACCCCUCACUAGACAUCGAUACCCGAGUGGCAGAUUUGGUAAAUAAACUCACUCUCAAGGAGAAAAUCGGCUGGGUCGUCAGCGGCUCAGAGGGAGUCACCCGGCUCGGAAUCCCCGGCUACGAGUGGUGGUCGGAGGCCUUACACGGAAUCGGGUCAAACGGGCCGGGUGUCGUUUUCGACCAGAAUAACGUCCCGGCCGCCACUAGCUUCCCUCAAGUCAUCCUCACUGCCGCCAGUUUUAAUGUAUCCUUAUUCCACCUAAUCGGAAAGGCGGUUUCUACGGAGGCAAGAGCAAUGCACAAUGUAGGAGCGGCGGGGCUGACAUUUUGGUCGCCGAAUGUGAACAUAUUCCGAGAUCCGAGGUGGGGCAGAGGCCAAGAAACCCCCGGGGAAGACCCUUUACUCUCCGGCCAAUACGCCGUCGCUUACGUGAAAGCUCUUCAGCAGAGAGACGACGGUGAUCAAACCAGGCUCAAAGUCGCUGCUUGCUGUAAACACUACACCGCCUAUGAUCUCGAUCACUGGAAAGGGUUCGACAGGCUUACUUUCGACGCCCAGGUAACACAGCAAGAUUUGGAUGACACGUACCAGCCGCCUUUCAAGAGCUGUGUUCUUGAUGGAAAUGUGGCGAGCGUUAUGUGUUCGUAUAAUCAAGUUAACGGCAAGCCGACUUGCGGAAAUCCCGAGCUUUUGAAUGGUGUUAUUCGAGGAAAAUGGAAAUUGAAUGGAUACAUCGUUUCCGAUUGCGAUUCGGUUGCGGUGUUAUUCAAUAACCAACAUUAUAAGAGUAGUCCUGAGGAGGCAGCUGCUGUAGCUGUGAAUUCAGGUUUGGAUCUUGAUUGUGGAUCCUUCCUAAUAGAACACGUUGAAGCUGCAGUAAACCGCGGCCUCGUUAACGAAUCAUCGAUCAACCGAGCCAUCUCGAACAAUUUCGCGACAAUGAUGAGAUUAGGGUUUUUCGAUGGAAACCCUAGCAACCAACUCUACGGAAACCUUGGCCACAAGGACAUUUGCACGAAAGAGAAUCAAGAACUAGCACGCGAAGCCGCGCGACAAGGGAUUGUUCUUCUUAAGAACCUCGGAAAUUCGUUGCCCUUGUCGCCAACCUCCAUUAAGUCAUUGGCGGUUAUUGGACCCAACGCUGACGAUAAAAAUUUCAAUAUGAUAGGAAACUACUUUGGUACUCCGUGCGAAUAUACAACCCCGUUGAAAGGCCUAACAUCGUAUGUACCAACGGUGUAUCAUUCGGGCUGUAAUAGGAUAUUUUGUGACGUUGCACAAGUGGAUGAAGCCAAGAAAAUAGCAUCCACGGCUGAUGCGGUGGUUCUUGUUAUGGGAUCGAAUCAAUCUAUCGAAGCAGAAGGCCUCGAUAGAGAGGAUAUCACGCUUCCCGGACAACAACAACUUUUGAUAUCCGAGGUUGCGAAAGUGGCGAAGGGACCGGUGAUUCUAGUAAUAAUGUCCGGUGGCGGAAUGGAUGUGCAGUUCGCCAAAGAAGACUCUAAAAUCACCGCGAUUCUUUGGGUUGGUUUCCCCGGAGAAGCCGGUGGGGCUGCCAUUGCUGAUGUAAUCUUUGGAAGUCACAACCCUAGUGGAAGACUACCGAUGACUUGGUACCCGCAAUCGUAUGCAGAAAAAGUAAAUAUGACCGACAUGAACAUGAGACAUAAUUCCAAAACCGGAUACCCCGGACGGACGUACCGUUUCUACACAGGGCCCACAAUCUACCAGUUCGGGUUUGGACUCAGUUACUCUGGGUUCAAACACCGCUUGGCCGAGCCACUACCGACGAUCAUGACCGUUUCUCUGGAAACGGGCCAUGCUUGUCAAUCAUCGGAUUGCAAGUCAGUCGAUGCUGUGGAGCCCAUGUGCAAGAAUUUGGGGUUCGGAGUUCAUUUGACUGUGAAGAAUGUAGGGAAGUUGGCUGGAAGCCAUACGGUUUUGGUGUUUUCGAGGCCACCACGAGUGCACAAUGCACCGCGAAAACAAUUGGUGGCGUUUCGGAAGGUGCAUUUGAGGCCAAAGGGAGAAGAGGUUGUGAGAUUUGAAAUUGAUGUUUGCAAAGAUUUGAGUGUUGUGGAUGAAUUGGGCAAUAGGAAAGUGGCUUUGGGAAAACAUGUUCUUCAUGUGGGGAAUUUGAAACAUUUCUUCAAUGUGACUAUAUGA